CUAAACGGAGAAAGCCAUCGAUGGAAUGAAACGUUAAGAACCUAAAUAUGUUUCUCUUGAGACAGAACAUCGCAAAGCAGCACGCGAGCAGUGACGUCGCACCGAGAACCGCCGGACGCAAACCCAACUCCGACGACUCCAAGAGACAGACGCGACGAAAAGCCAGCUGCGUUGAGAAUUUAUCGUCGGUCGAUCGAAUUCGCAAACAUGCGACCACACAUCUGGGCUACAGCACGCUCAGCCUGGCCAUGCGAGGUCUGGAGGAGAUGCCGGACGAAUUGUGGGAGCUCCAGGAGCUCCAGAAGCUCAACCUCUCUUUGAACGCCCUCUCCGUUCUCCCAUCCAGCUUGGGGAACCUGGAGAACCUGGUGAUCCUCAACGUGUGGGGGAACGAGCUGCUCAGCCUCCCGCCGGAGAUCGGGCGGCUCGGGAAGCUGCGAGUGCUCUUCGUUCACAGGAACCGGCUGAGCGAUGUUCCCGAGGAACUGGGACGCUGCUCCAACCUCGAGGUCCUGAGUUUGGCCAACAACCAGAUCGUCACACUUCCCAACAGCCUGUCGGAGCUGCGCCGGCUCACCAAGCUCAACCUCAGCCACAACCACAUCCAACACGUCCCGGCCUGCGUCUACAGCAUGAGGAGCCUGGUCUUCCUGCAUCUGGCCAACAACCGUUUGGAGAACCUGGCCGAUAAGAUCCAGGAGCUGGUGAACCUGAAGAUCCUGAUCGUGGAGCUGAACUCGCUGCAGGCUCUUCCCAGGACGCUGUGCUGCCUGACGGGGCUGGAGCUGCUCAACGUGGACUUCAACCGGCUUCAGAGCGUUCCCGAUGAGAUCUACAAGCUCCGCAGGCUGGAGAAGCUUGCCUGUCAUCCGCUGGAUAAAGGUCUACAUAUCGUACACAACCCGCUGGUCAAGCCCAUUAAAGAGGUUCUGCAGGGAGGUCUAAAGGCACUUUAUAACUACCUCAAACCUGCAUGAAGAUCAUUCACAAAGAAGACACAAAUCGGAUUGCUUUUUGUGAGUGAAAAAAAAAAAUAAAUAAAAAAAAGCAG